ACUACUAAAUUAAUUCAGUAUUUUAAUUCCGCAUAAGUAGCGUUCCGUUCAAUUAUUGGUGGGUAACUGUAAUUCAUGUGGACCCUUUUGAUUCUUGCAAAAUGAUAUCUACUUUGCUUCCGUGAAUAGUGCCGUUUUCGCAUAAUACAAGUAUAGACAGACUAUCUGGGCAAGCUUUAUUUCCUUGUAAUUUUAAUUUGCACUUUACUUGCUUUACUAUCAUCAUCAACAUGCCGUCGCCGGAAUCCGGAUCCAACUAUUGUUCUAGAAUUUUCCGAGCUUCUAUUAAGUCCCAGGGGUGGGAGGUGUUGAUUUUCAAAGGCGGAAUAAUACUUCCGCGAGCACCGGUGAUAGGUUUUCUCAACUUGACUUCCCUUUGAUAGGCUCCAAGGCCCACCAGAGUGAAAUGUGGGAUGCCAGGGAUGUAGCUCAUACCGUGAGGUCCCAUGGUGUCAGACUAGCAAGGACACAUAUGCAUGACUGGCUAAUACUUGUGUUGCUGGGUUCGAUUAUAGUCGGUCUGAAUAUUAUCCAUCCCUUUUAUCGGUUUGUUGGGAAGGAUAUGAUGUCUGAUCUCAAGUAUCCUCAUAAGAACAACACAGUUCCUUUUUGGGUUGUAGUACUAUCUGCAGUUCCAUUGCCAAUUGUGGUUUUCCUGCUAUUCUAUCUCCGUCAUAGAGAUGUAUAUGAUCUUCAUGCUGCCAUACUAGGACUCCUAUUUUCGGUCCUCAUAACAGGGGUCAUAACUGAUGCAAUAAAAGAUGCAGUUGGUCGCCCUCGGCCUGACUUCUUUUGGCGAUGCUUUCCAGAUGGGAAGGAUGCUUAUGAUAGAUGGGGAAAUGUCGUCUGCCAUGGUGGCGAACAUGUCAUAAGGCAGGGGCAUAAGAGUUUUCCCAGUGGGCAUACUUCAUGGGCGUUUGCUGGCCUGGGCUUCUUGUCUCUAUACAUAUCUGGGAAGAUAAAGGCAUUUGAUCGUAGAGGUCAUGUUGCAAAACUGUGCCUGGUUGUGCUCCCUCUACUUGUUUCAUCUCUGAUUGGCGUUUCUCGUGUGGAUGAUUAUCGGCACCACUGGCAGGAUGUGUUUGCUGGAGGUUUGAUAGGUCUUGUAGUUGCCACUUUCUGCUAUUUGCAGUUCUUCCCACCUCCAUAUCAUGCCGACGGGUGGUGGACAUACGCGUACUUGCACACGUUGGAGGAGCUGGCCGCGAAUACGAAUAACAAUGGUCAGAACUCUGGGGCUGCUGAGGUUGAAAUCCAGCCAAAUCAAAUGAACAACAAUUCUUCCAAGGUUGGUACAUCCAGCUUGCCAGUUGAAGAUAUCGAAUCUGGAAGAUGAUAGUUCCAAAAGGUAGCUACUUUAGUGGAGCUAAUGUACAUAAGUAGUUGGAACAUAUUUUUCCUUCUUCAAGAGAAAUCUCACUAACGUUGAUGCUGUUAGAGUUAUUAUUAUUAUUAUUAUUAUUAUUAUUAUUAUUAUUAUUAUAUUAUAUUAAGGAAUACUAUUUUGUAGCUCGCAUCACUUUACGUUAUAAUUUAUAAAUAAAAAUUAUAAAAAUAAUUUUAUA